GAUGAAUGAAUCACUUUUUUCUUUAAAUAUGGAAAAGCAGAAACAUAUAGAAAUUGGCAAACAACUUUCAGCAAUUUUGACGCAUGUUAUCCCAAUGCUGCCAAAAGAGCAGCAAGGAUGUGCUAUGUUAGCGAUGUCAAAGGCUAAACAUUUUAAUCUUCUGGAAAAUGAACAGGGCAACUUAUUUCAGCAAAGCUAUCUACGUCAAACUAUGCCUUUUACAAAUGGAGGAACAAGGAAGGAAGCUCUAAUAAAGAUUUCUAAUAAUUUAUCAAAAAAUUCAACGCUUGAUACAUCUGCUACUAAUGAUUGGACUUUACCGUGGCCUACACAAUAUCCAUUUAAUAGUAAUUUAACAUUUCCUGCUCUUUCAUCAUCGUGGUUGUAUAAUCUACCAAUUAAUUUUGGAAAUAAAAGUGAAAUUGAAUUUAAAAAAUUUUUGUUUGCGGACCUGUCCGCAAUAAUUUGCGGACAGGUCUGCAUUAAUUUGCGGACAUAA